UGUGCUUUGCCCAGAUUCCUGCUGAUGUGAGCUGACUAGGAUCCGGUGUUACUGUCAGCCGUCCUUGGUUUCGUUUUCUCUCCUGUCUACCUGGACCACCUGUAGCCUGCAGUGUUCUGAUCAGUGGUGAGACCAAGUCACAACAGGUUGAAUGUCUUACGGUAAUAUGAAAAUUCCCAGGAGACAUGGGAUGGACAGAGAAGAUGAUGAAGAGGGGAAUAUCUAUGCUAAUACUGAUCCUAUAAAUAGUUUGGAUGUCGGGGAAGAAACAGAGAAUUUGGACACCAACAGACACCAAAAGCCCCAACACACAGGAAGUGUUUGUGUGAAGAUCAGAAGCUCCAGAACAGUGUGUUUGGUUCUGCUGUGUGUUCUUCUGCUGACUGCAGUCGUAGUGCUGUGUGUCCACAUCCACACAAAGAGCACAAACUACACAGAAGAGAGAGAUGGGCUACUAAUGAAGAACAGAAACCUGACCAAUGAGAGAGACCAGCUUAGAAAUCAUAUUCAGAGUCAUGAUGGAUGGACUUACUAUAAAUCCAGUUUGUACUACAUGACGAUUGAGACGAAGAGCUGGAAUGCGAGCAGAAGAUUCUGUAGAGAGAGAGGAGCAGAUCUGAUCAUCAUAAACAAUACAGAGAAACAAGAUUUUGUGAAGAACGUGUAUGGUACUGCUAUAGUCUGGAUUGGUCUGACGGACCAUGAUGCGGAGGGCAGAUGGAAAUGGGUUGAUGACAGCACACUAUCCUCUGGGUUCUGGGCGACUGAUGAGCCUAAUGGACAUACACUAGAGAACUGUGUUGUGAAUGUGGAUCAUAACCGAAGCAAUUUGAAAAUGGACAGAGAAGAUGAAGAAGAGGGGAAUAUCUAUGAUACUGAUACUAUAAAUAGUUUGGAUGUCGGGGAAGAAACAGAGAACCCGGACCCCAAAAGAUACCAACUGCCUUAUCACACAGGAAGUGUUUGUGUGAAGAUCAGAAGCUCCAGAACAGUGUGUUUGGUUCUGCUGUGUGUUCUUCUGCUGACUGCAGUCGUAGUGCUGUGUGUCCACAUCCACACAAAGAGCACAAACUACACAGAAGAGAGAGAUGGGCUACUAAACAACAUUACCAAUCUCACAGAAGAGAGAGAUGGGCUACUAAUGAAGAACAGAAACCUGACCAAUGAGAGAGACCAGCUUAGAAAUCAUAUUCAGAGUCAUGAUGGAUGGACUUACUAUAAAUCCAGUUUGUACUACAUGACGAUUGAGACGAAGAGCUGGGAUGCGAGCAGAAGAUUCUGUAGAGAGAGAGGAGCAGAUCUGAUCAUCAUAAACAAUACAGAGAAACAAGAUUUUGUGAAGAACGUGUAUGGUACUGCUAUAGUCUGGAUUGGUCUGACGGACCAUGAUGCGGAGGGCAGAUGGAAAUGGGUUGAUGACAGCACACUAUCCUCUGGGUUCUGGGCGACUGAUGAGCCUAAUGGACAUACACUAGAGAACUGUGUUGUGAAUGUGGAUCAUAACCGAAGGUGGCCAACUUUAUCCGGCUGGCUUGAUAUUUCAUGUUAUUCAGAUUUUAAAGGGAUCUGUGAGAAGAGAACAUCACAUAUUGAUUUGGUGCAAGUUUAACAGAACAAAACUUCUGUAAUAAUUGAUUUCUUAUCUAAAGCAGUGUUUCUCAAACUUGUUCCUUGAGGACGCUCUCAACUUUCCUUUGUCAGACACACAUUUCUUAUAAAGAGCUGAUGAGUUGAA